GCAGAACCCGCGUUCAAACAACAAGAGGCUUUUUACUUGCCGGAUUCGUUCGGUAGCCGCACUUGGCUUCCAAACAAUCGGCGAAAAGAUCGUUGCUGCAUCUGUCCUCCAAAUAAGGCUGGUAGGCUAUAAAUUAUUACAGCUCGCUAGCUCCAACGUUCAACUUUCCCGAUUUCUCGCUGGUCCCUCUCGUUCAUACUUCCGUGCAUCUGAGCACGUCCAUGGAAGCCACAGCAUAAAUUGUUGUGCGAUCGAGUUCAUGCAUCUGGGUUACCAUUAGUUGAACCCUAGCUAACAAGAAGAGAGUCUGAUUCCGGAGCCACAGCCAUGAUCCCGGCCGUUCCUCCCAUGAUGGACGGCGCCGCCAACAACGCCAUCCUGGGCACGCAGGCGCCGCUGCUCCCGGAGACGGACCCUUGGCGUGCCCCCGCCGCUGCAGGGCAGAAACGGCCGGGGUUGUCGACAGCGCUCCCCGUCGUCGUUUCCGCCGUGCUCCUGCUCGCCCUCGCGACGGUCAUGGUCUUCGCGUUGCGGCACGUCGACGGGCAGUGGAGCGACGACGACGUCGCUGUGGGCAGUGUGGUGGGGGUGGCCGCCUCGCGCGGCGUGGUGGAUGGCGUGUCGGAGAAGUCCACGGCCCCGCUCCUCGGCGGCGCGGGCGCGCUCCGGGACUACGCUUGGACCAACGCGAUGCUGGCGUGGCAGCACACGGCGUUCCAUUUCCAGCCCCCCAAGAACUGGAUGAACGAUCCGAACGGUCCACUGUAUCACAAGGGUUGGUACCACCUGUUCUACCAAUGGAACCCGGACUCUGCGGUGUGGGGCAACAUCACCUGGGGCCACGCCGUGUCGCGCGACCUCAUCCACUGGCUCCACCUGCCGCUCGCCAUGGUGCCCGAUCACUGGUACGACGCCAACGGCGUCUGGUCCGGGUCCGCGACGCGGCUCCCGGACGGCCGGAUCGUCAUGCUCUACACGGGCUCCACGGAGGAGUCGGUGCAGGUGCAGAACCUGGCCGAGCCAGCCGACCCGUCCGACCCGCUGCUACUUGAGUGGGUCAAGUCAGAGGCCAACCCGGUGCUGGUGCCGCCGCCGGGCAUCGGGCUGACGGACUUCCGCGACCCGACGACGGCGUGGCGGAGCUCGAACGACACGGCGUGGCGCAUCACCAUCGGGUCCAAGGACCGAGACCGCGCCGGGCUGGCGCUGGUGUACAGGACGCAUGACUUCGUGCACUACGAACUGCAGCCCACGCUGCUGCACGUCGUGCCAGGCACCGGCAUGUGGGAGUGCGUGGACUUCUACCCGGUGGCCGCGGACCCGGCCGCCGAGGACGGGCUCGAGACGUCCGCGGCGCCCGGCCCCGGGGUGAAGCACGUGCUCAAGGCCAGCCUCGACGACGACAAGCACGACUACUACGCCAUCGGCACCUACGACGCCAAAGCCGACACGUGGACCCCCGACGACGCGGAGAUCGACGUCGGAGUCGGGCUCCGCUACGACUACGGCAAGUACUACGCGUCCAAGACGUUCUACGACCCCGUGCGCCGGCGCCGCGUGCUGUGGGGUUGGAUCGGCGAGACCGACAGCGAGCGCACAGAUAUCCUCAAGGGCUGGGCCUCCGUGCAGUCAGUUCCGAGGACGGUCCUCUUGGACACGAAGACGGGCAGCAACCUGCUCCAGUGGCCGGUGGUGGAGGUGGAGAACCUCCGGAUGCGCGGCAAGAGCUUCGACGGCGUCGUCCUGGAGCGCGGCUCGGUCGUGCCCCUGGACGUCGGCAAGGCAACACAGUUGGACAUCGAGGCAGUGUUCGAGGUGGACGCGUCGGCCGUGGAGAGCGUGAUGGAGGCCGACGUGGAGUACAACUGCAGCACCAGCGCCGGCGCGGCGGGGCGGGGCCUCCUGGGCCCGUUCGGGCUGCUCGUGCUGGCCGACGAGGACUUGUCGGAGCAGACUGCCGUCUACUUCUAUCUGGUCAAGAGCACGGACGGCAGCCUCAAAACUUUCUUCUGCCAAGACGAGCUCAGGUCAUCAAAGGCGAACGAUCUUGUUAAGAGAGUCUACGGAAGCUUGGUCCCUGUACUCGAUGGAGAAAAACUUUCAGUGAGAAUACUGGCUGAUCACUCCAUCGUGGAGAGCUUUGCUCAAAGAGGAAGGACGUGCAUUACGUCGCGCGUGUACCCUACAAAAGCAAUCUACGACUCUGCCCGCAUAUUCCUCUUCAACAAUGCAACAAAUGUUCACGUCACUGCAAAAUCGCUCAAGAUCUGGGAGCUGAACUCGGCUUACAUCCGGCCAUAUUCAGGUUCUCUUCAAUAAAGAGUGACAGGCCAUGUCUGCCUGAAUUCAUUUGUAGUGCAGUGCUUGUUUAUUUGCUUUUCUUUUCCUUGUUGUGAAACUAGGAUGCACAAGCAACAAGGAAGGAAGAAAGAAAGUGUUUUUUGCACAACAUUAUUUGUUGUAUGAAUAAUGUGCAUUAACAUGUGUGUCGAGGGUUAAUCCUUGAUAAUAAUUUCAAAGUAUGCUAGA